CACAAUUGGAGGUGGCCCAGCAGAGACAUGCUUCAGCUCUGCUAGCUGCCAGCUUCCAGAGGUGGAAGGAAGCUAUGGCAAAACAGAGCCAGAAGAAAGCUCUGCAGCCUGAGCCUUACUCCUACACCCAAAGUCCAUCAGCAGGGAUUUUUGGAGUAGGAAGAUUGGCCACUAUGACAACCCCAGCUCAGCAUCAGCUUCCAGCAGGAUACUCAAAGGAAGUGGAGCAGGCUCAUAGGAUGGAGGGAGAGCUGUGGACACAGCUUCGUCGCAGGCAGAGAGGAGAUGAGUUCUGCUGGGGAGUUGAAGCAAUCAGAGACAUGAGGAGGCUGGCUGCAGCUUUCAGACUGUGGCGCCUGCAGAAGGAGCUGCUGAGCAAAGAGGAAGCCAGGCUUUUGGAAGCCCGUGCUCUGCUGGAGAAGAAGAAGCUACAAAACAUUUUCUGGAUGUGGCAUUCCCAAAGCUUGGAAAUGAAAAAGAUUCUAACACUGACAACUCAAAUCCAAAGAAAUUUGGUCUCCCGGUGCUUCAGUACAUGGAAGGAGACUGCUGAGCAGGAGGCACUUGACAGGUGCAACCUGGCCCAUCUCAGAGCAGUAUCACUGAGGAAGCACUUCCAGCAGUGGGUUGGGAUGCUGCAGGUCAGAGGAGGUGAUAAGCAGGCAGUGCUGAACCUCUUCCUCCUGCAGUGGAGGCAGCAUUAUGGUGAGCAGCUUGGGGGCUGUGCAGAAUCCAAACUUUAGAGGUGUUUAAGCUCCUUCCUCCUCUUGUACACUGAAAACAGCCUGAAAACUCAGGGGCUCAGAUGACACAGGGUGU